UAACGUUGGCCAGUAGAUGAUUGGCUCUUCCGUUCUUGUUACCACCAACUGCAUAUAAAAGCCAGGCACGGCAGAAUUCCCACACACAUAAAGCAGUCUCAACUCAACGUUGCAGACGUCAAAGAUGUGGACGUUCCUGCUCUUGACCGUGGCUAUGGUCGCCUGGCCGGCCCAAUCACAAGGCCAAGAAUACCUGACGACGGUUGACACCUGGAGUUUCUUUAAGGUUCAGGUCUCCGGCCAGAUGACCAAUGCCAACGUCAAGGCCACGUGUGAGGCGGCGGGGAUGAGGUAUCCGUGCUUCUUCUCAGGAAGUAUUAAUGACGGGUGUACCCAAUACUGGACCUCAGGCUGCAUCGAAUAUGAGGUCCAGUCAUUUCCCUCCUGCUGUUUACCUCGCGCGAGAGACACCUGUUAUACAAUGACGGUGCUUACGGUAAACCUGUGUGGAGAUACUCACACUGGGGACUGCCAGCCCCUUGAUGACACCUUUGUGUACAUGCCUAACUGGAACAGUGGUGAUGACAGCGCGUACGGAGUGGACUACGACACUCACCACAGUAGUCUGCAUGGAGUAGACUACAACAACAUGUACGCCCUGUGUGCAGAUAUUAUCGGGUGCACCAGCGCCCCCUGUCAGAAUGGAGCUACAUGCCAGGGCGAGUUGAACAGCUUCGAAUUCACUUGCCAGUGUGCACCUGGGUUUUUUGGAACUCUCUGUGAAGAUUUUGACGAGUGCAGCAGCGCCCCCUGUCAGAAUAAAGCUACAUGUCAGGAUGGAGUGAACAGCUUCACCUGUCAGUGCGCACAUGGGUUUACUGGAACUCUCUGUGAAACAGAUAUUGACGAGUGCAGCAGCGCCCCCUGUCAGAAUGAAGCUACAUGUCAGGACUGGGUGAACAGCUUCACUUGUCACUGCGCACCUGGGUUUACUGGGUCUCUUUGUGAAACAGAUAUCGACGAGUGCGCGAGCAACCCUUGCUGGCUGGGAGGGACCUGCCUGGAUCACGUGGACGGCUACAGCUGUGUCUGCACUAAGUAUACCACAGGAGAGCAUUGUGAAAUCGUAUCUUCUCCUGAAGACUGCUACCAGUUUUCGACUUCAACGGCUACCCAUCUUGAAGCCACACGAACCUGCCGUGCUGCUGACAGCCUCAUGGUGGAUGUGAAAGACGAGAACGAGCAACAGUUCCUGGCGAACAUGAUCGCGGCCACCACUUUUGCUUCCACCUGGCUGGCCAUGAAAACAGCGCCGCUACCCAUCCUCCACAGCGAUGGUACUCUUGCAUCAGGGUCCCUACAGUGGAUGGCAGGCGAACCUUCGUCCCCGUUGGACCUGUGUGUUCUCCUGGACAGCUCCAACAACUACCAAGCAAAGACUGUUUUCUGCACGGAGCAACACAACUACGUCUGCGAGUCAGAACUCAAACCCUGUGAACCAAACAUGUGUCAGAAUGGCGGAAACUGCACCUCCUGCUUCAACGGCUCCAGCACCUUCUGCGACUGUCCUGAUGGGUUCGAGGGCGAGUUCUGUCAAAUCAACAUUGACGAUUGCGCCUCCACUCCCUGCCAACAUGGCGGAACCUGCAAGGAUCAAGUCAGUUCUUACAGUUGUCUGUGCGCUACCGGGUAUGGCGGAGAGAACUGUGAAUUAGCUGGCACCACCGGCACCAGGCUGGCGAACCCCUAUGCAUGCAGCAGCGCCUCCUGUCCUGACGGACUGUACUGCAAGGAGGAGGGGCCGACAUCUUUCUCCUGCCGAGCUGGAUAA